AUGAGUCAAGAAGAGGAAAGCAAAGAUAUGUUGGAAAAACAAUUGGAUGAGUUAUCCAAACUCAUGGCAGCCUUUGAUUUAGGCAAAAAUCAUGAAAAUUCUGAUGACGAAAAAUCAGAAAAUCAAAACGACUUAGUCUAUGGGUUCAGUUCCGACGAUGAAUUCGAAGACGAACCAGCAGACAACCCAUUCAAUGUCAAAAUUGAGGAGGGAGAUUUGAAAAACACAAACCAAGAGUUGGUUGUGAUAAAACUCAAGGAUCCUCAUAAGGAAGUAAAUGUUCCUAAUAGGAUACCUUAUACUAUCAGAGAUGUUGAAGAAUUUCAACAAGAAUGUCAGGAUUUGCUCAGUAAAGACUUGAUAAGAGAAAGUGCGAGUCCUCACUCAACACCGGCAUUCUAUGUUGAAAACCAUAAUGAAAUCAAACGUGAUAAAAAGCGUAUGGUUAUCAAUUACAAAAAGAUGAAUAAAGCCACUAUUGGAUAUUUCAAAGAUUUAUCCACAGAAAGAAAAGUUUUGCAAAAGAAACUUUCAGACAAAGUCCCAUGGUCUUGGACAGACUCAGAUUCUGAAGUCGUAAGAAAGAUCAAAAGUAUGAUAGUUACCUUGCCUCAACUCUACAAUCCAACCAACGAUGACUUCCUAAUCAUUGAAACAGAUGCUUCACAGCAUGUUUGGGCAGGAUGUAUGAGGGCUCUUCCCAAUGGGAAGAAAAAGCUUUCGCUCGAUGAGCAAGGCAAAACUAUAGCUCUAUCCGGACAAACCGACUUAUCCGAUAGACUUCUAAAAAUACUGGCAGAGUUUGAAAAACAACUCUUAUUGUGUAGAUACACCAGUGGAACUUUUAGUGACACUGAAACCCGAUAUCCAAUAGCGGAACUUGAAGUUCUCGCAGGAGUCCGUGAACGGAAGACUGAUACGGUGGCAAUUGCGACUGCAACAAUUUCAGCCAUACCUGGAGUUGAUCAAAUCGGAGAAAAAUCCAUUCGCGGACACACUAAUAAGAGAAUGGAGCAAGCAAUGAAGCAGCUUCAGCACCAGCUAAAGCAGAAGGAUGAACAAAUCCAAGCUGCACAAAAAAGACUCAACUCUCUUUUCUCGCAGAGGGGGGAGAUUGAAGAAACAAUAAAAAAAACCUGGAAAAACUUCAACAUUCCAGGAGAAACCCAGAAGGAAGUACAGACUUCAGAGCCAAUUAAAGUUGCACAGGAAAAGGUUCAAACUGAGGAUUCACCCUCAAAAGAAGCCUAUGUGAUCUUUGAUGGUCCGAUGAAAGGCGUUUACAAAAACUGGAACAUUGCCAAGUUACAUAUCGUCGGCAAGCCAGUCAGACACCAGAAGUAUCCAACCCACGAGGAUGCUCUGAAAGCUUACAAAAAGGCUUACCAGACAGUCUCAACAGAUCCAGAUCUCCAGACGGACAGAUCUUUGGGAUACAGCAAAAGGAUAGCUACUCAACAGCUGAUCCAAAAGCAGUUAAAGGAAGAAACGACGGAGCCAAAUGAAGUCGAAUUCCAUAGAAAUUGGAAAUGGUUGAUGGAAUACACCAAAGAGUUCACUCAGGAGUGUUUCUUUCCCAUCAAUUCAGUCACCGGUGCAAAAGCAGUGUUCUUAACAGGAGCAAGUCCCACCAUCAUAAAUUCUUUCUUUAGGAAUGGAUUAGUUUCAACAAUCUAUCUCCAAGAAAGCGAAAAGAAGAAUUAUGCGGAACUCGAGGAACUACCCAGAUGCAUAAGACAGAUGGCUAACCAGUUCAAUAAGUUGUUUGCCAAGGGAAAAGAGAUAUACCUAAAAUUUCAGAGUACUUAUCCCUACUUUGAUGAAGGUAUCAUCAUAAAGCCCAAACACAUUGUCGAAAUGGGCAUGGCAAAUGGUUCUUACCCAGAAAUCCAGAAAAGGGCGAUAAAGUUCACCUAUAAGUUAUUCAUAGAACAAAUUUUCCAGUUCUAUGGGUAUAGUAAUCAAUGGGGAACAACUCAGCUUGGCUUCAAGGUCCUUGCUGAAGCAGAAAAUAUAGCAGUGAUAUCUCAGACUGGUAAGAAGGCUACCGAAGGGAUGGUCAAUAAGAUGAUUAAAUUCGAAGAAGAUUUAAUCAGAAUAAAUGGCAACUUUGCAAGCAUGCUUGAAGAAUUCAAACACUUGGUUUGUGAAAAGUUGCGAAAGUACGAAGCUCACAAAUGCCCUCAAUGUCCAGAGGAUUUCCCUCCGCUCAAUGGAGAAGAAAAAAGUGAACAUGCAAUGACAUUCCCAAAACCGACAGCAUCACAGGCGCAGACCCCAUUCCAACCACUCAGACAGCAAUAA